AUGGAGGCCAUCUCGCACGCUGGAACCGUUCUCGCCGUGCUGUCGAAAGAGGGCAUUGCCAUCGCUGCUGAGAAGUUCACAGAAGUAUUGGAACUGACGUCCAGCAAUAUCAUCACGGGAGUCGCCGGUAUCACGUCUGACGCCAACUCGCUCGUCAACUUUGCCCGUAACAGUGCCCAGCGCCACCUCUAUACGUACGACGAGGACAUCCCCGUCGAGAUGCUCGUCCAGCGUCUCUGUGACAUGAAGCAGGGUUAUACCCAGUAUGGAGGUCUCCGUCCGUUCGGUGUGUCGCUCCUCUACAUCGGCUGGGACCCUCUGCACGGCUUCCAGCUCUACAAGUCAGAUCCGUCUGGCAACUACUCGGGAUGGAAGGCGACCUGCAUUGGAGCCAAUCACUCGAGCGCCGCCUCGCUCCUGAAGCAGGACUACAAGGAUGACAUUUCGCUGGAGGACGCCAAGAGCCUGUGUCUCAAGACGAUGAGCAAGACCAUGGACUCGAGCAAGCUGAGCAGCGAGAGGCUCGAGUUUGCGACUAUGACCCUCAACAAUGACACAAAGCAGCCGCUCGCCAAGAUCUUCCGUCCGGCAGAGCUGGAUGAGCUCCUGCAGAAGCUCGAGCUCGGCGGCACGAAGGACGAGCAGGUUGGUGUCGGAGAGGGAACGGGCGGUGGCGACGGUGGUAACAUUGCUAUGAGCACGUAA